CUAUGAGCCAAUAGUCACUGGAUCCUUCUUUUGUGCUGAUAGCUACUUGGCGUUAAUAAUUAAAAGUUAAAAGCCCAUGCAAGGUUACAGCCACGGUUGAAACGCCAAUUUUGUAAUUGACAAUUCCGAAAACCGACAGAGGUUUUGCCUUUAGGUUGUCUUUAUCGUUUAGUGGGUAGGCACGUAAGGAGGGGACCUGCAGUAAAAGAGAAGCGAUAAGCUGCACUUCGUGCUCAGUUGCAGCUCUGUUGUCGAUAGCGCUGAAAAAAACAAACAAACCAUGCUGUAAACUAAAGACGCAUCUGAAAAUGCAGUAGGAUGAACGCAACGGGAAGGCUUCACGUCACCAGAGGCCAUAGACACACAUUUUUACUCUUUUAACACCGGAUUUGCAGUCCUAAAUCGAAUAGGGCAUAACCAAUAUUCGGUAUGGGGAAGGAGGCGAACGGGGUCUCUCGGAGUCGGUUUGAGAUGUUCUCGAACAAUGAUGAGGCCAUCAUCAACAAGAAACUGCCAAAGGAGCUGCUGCUUCGAAUUUUCUCCUUCUUGGAUGUGGUCACGCUCUGCCGCUGUGCUCAAGUAUCUCGAUCAUGGAACGUUCUGGCCUUAGAUGGCAGUAAUUGGCAGCGCAUUGACCUGUUUGACUUCCAGAGGGACAUUGAGGGUCGUGUGGUGGAGAACAUUUCCAAGAGAUGUGGAGGGUUCCUGAGGAAGCUGAGCCUCCGUGGGUGUCAAGGUGUGGGAGACAGUGCCCUCAGAACCUUUGCCCAGAACUGCAGAAAUAUUGAGCUGCUCAAUCUGAAUGGUUGUACCAAGAUAACUGACAGUACGUGUAACAGUCUGAGCAAAUUUUGCCCUAAACUGAAAUACCUGGAACUGGAUUCAUGCACCUCAAUCACAAACCUGUCUCUCAAAGCCAUCAGUGAAGGGUGCCCCCUGCUGGAGACAUUGUACAUAUCGUGGUGUGAUCAGGUGACAAAAGAUGGUGUACAGGCCCUGGUGCGCUGUUGUCCGGGACUCAGAAGUCUCUUUCUCAAGGGCUGCACACAGUUGGAAGAUGAGGCCUUGAAACACAUCGGAGCUCACUGUCCAGAACUGGUCACCCUCAACUUGCAGACAUGUUCACAGCAGAUCACAGAUGAAGGUCUGAUAACCAUUUGUCGAGGGUGUCAUCGGUUACAGUCUCUCUGUGUGUCUGGCUGUGCAAAUCUAACAGAUGCUAUCCUAAAUGCUCUGGGCCAGAACUGUCCCCGACUAAGAAUACUAGAAGUGGCCCGUUGCUCACAGCUUACAGAUGUAGGGUUCACCACCCUGGCACGAAAUUGCCAUGAGCUGGAGAAGAUGGAUUUGGAAGAAUGUGUACAGAUUACAGACGCGACCCUCAUCCAGUUGUCAAUACACUGCCCCCGCCUCCAUUUUCUGAUUCUGUCCCACUGUGAGCUGAUCACCGAUGACGGAAUCCGCCACCUGGGCAGCGGGCCAUGUGCGCACAAUCGUCUGGAGGUGAUUGAGCUGGACAACUGUCCCCUGAUCACAGACGCUUCACUAGAGCACCUGAAAACCUGUCACAGCCUUGACCGCAUUGAACUCUACGACUGUCAACAGAUCACCCGUGCUGGCAUCAAACGUCUGAGGGAAGAGAUUGCUGAUGGAUAGGAGUAGGGUGGGAUUGACCUGACCAGAAGGACAACCUGGAAAACUAAACAAACCAAUGAUGCAUGUGUUGUCCUGGACUGCUUCUUGACUGAAUCUCAUGUCCACAACAGAAAAGAACUGAUCCUGCAUACAAAUUAAAAGUGUAUUUUGUUGUUGUUGUCGAUGUACUUUUGUUGUUGUUGUUGUUGUUUCUUUUCUUGUUGGAUUUGUUUGUUUAUCUGAUGUGCAUCGUUGAAUGUUAGGAGAGUGCAUCUUGUCUGGAUAAAAAGAGUAUAUGUGGAUGUGUGCGACUGGCUGCUCUGGCAGGAAGCGAACUACACACUCAUGCAGAAUGCUUUGCAUUGGCCCCAGGAGAGCAUGUACUGUAGCCUGCUGUGACAUGUCUGCAUGCAGGACGUUGCAGGACAGUUCUGCGUGGAUCCGCAACUUGAUACACAGGAGCAGGAGGCACUUGUUCAGACCCCGACAUGCCAAGUUGCCUGCUACGUUCUACAGAGCUCAAGUGCAAAUGGAGCACUUGGGCUUGUCCCCUGCUUCCCCUGGAAGGCACACAUCGUCUUGUCGCUACAUGCCUGAUAUAUGUUUGGUUUGUUCCGGGCUAAAAGGCUUUCGGCUUUAUUUGACUUUAGCAUCUAAGAUGUAAAUCAUUAGUCUGAAUCCGUCAGGCAGUAAAUGGAUGGUACACAUACAACUCUGGCCGUGUUCUCAGUCUCCUUUCCUGAUGGACCCAACCUCAGUCACUCCAUGAAUGCACAGUUCUGUAUUGCUUCCUCUAUCUCUUUUGUCUCCCCAUGUCUCUUUAUGUUCUACUGACUUUAUAAAGCACAAUUACAGUGAUUACCUGUGAGGGUGUGUUGCAGUGAGUGUGAGCGUUGGGGGCAGAGGGCACUACUCUGGUAGAUUUGAUCCUUGGGGAUUUUACACCCUUCGAUUUUGACAAUGACUGUAGUUGUUUGUUGCAAUUACAAUUACUGUAAAUCUUUUGCUCUUUUUUAUUUUUACAAUUAACCCAUAUAAAUGAAUAUGUAUGUAUGAAUAAAUAUAUAACUAUA